UGCUGUUGCCCCCCCCACCACCAGUCAGCGAACAACCGGAGACUAGCUAGACAUGCAGAACCGCCAGUGCACGUAGGAUAUACCACAUAUUUCUCCUGAGUUUAUGAAAGAGCAUUGAGUUAUGACGGGGAGCAUGUUUUAAAAUAGAACCUAUCUUUGUUCAUUGAGUCGCAGGAAGAAAUAACCGAAUCAGAAAAUCACUUGAAGGGAAGAAAUAGUUGCGCGCCAGGUCUGACCGUCAACGUGUGGGAAUGGCAUCUCCCCGGCCGAUAAAAGGCAUCCUUAAAAACAAGAACAGCAGGACAAACGUCAAAUCCCUGCCUGAAGAAGAACCGGGAGAGAAUGCCGAACAAGCUCCUGUACUCUCGGAAGAUGACGCACAGAAGAAAUCCCAGAAAUGGGACGAGAUGAACAUCCUGGCCACGUACCACCCGGCCGACAAAGACUAUGGCCUGAUGAAGAUCGAUGAACCCAGCACUCCUUACAACAGGAUGGUGGGGGAAGACGAGGAUGAAGGGGCGCUGAGUGACACGGAGGGCCACAGCGGACUCGCAGCGGACGACCUGGCAUCAAAGCUGGUAGCUGCCGAGGGCUCAGAGCCUCGUUUUAUGAAGGAAGAAGAGGAAGAAGAAGAUGAAGAUAGCAGCGAGGAGGAGGAAGAGGAGCUUUCUCCUGAAAAUCAAGCCAAAAAGACGCAUUUCGUGAUGAUGAGGAAGAUGCACUACAAUGAGGGCAUGAACAUCAAGUUGGCCCGGCAACUCAUUGCCAGCGAGCUAGAGGAAGACGAGGAUGUAGAUGAAGAGAUGACGGACGACACAGAGGAGACAAGGGAGGAGACGAGGGAGGAGACGGAGGAGAUCAGUGUGGACCCGCCACAGGAAGCUGAUUCUCUGGACUCGUAGACGAGGUUCCCCCCCACCCCCUGUGUGUCGGCUCAGGAUCCUGACAGACGCUGAUCUGAUUUUAAAGCUACGCCGUACAGCAGACACCGCUUUACCACUCAUGUAACAAACCUCAACAGCCAACAACCUCCCGGUCACCUGUUCCUUAGAACUGUGCAAUAUAACCUUCAAACUCUCUGCUUUUUAACUCCCAGAAGCAGUACAACACACAAGAGAAGACUGUUGCCUCUCCCCCCCCCCCCCCCCUCUCCUGUUGCCAAGAAUUCCCCCUCCUACCUCCUCUGGACUGUCGUCGCACUGAAUGAUAUGUGAUUCUGACCUUGGAAGGAGGAUCAAAAAGAAAUAAAACAUUAAAAAACCAACUGCUGAAUACCAGGGCUCUCUCUGCGUCACCCCUGCAGGAAGCCAGGGGAAACCCCGCGGUCUGACUACAGAUAUCCGAGACAUGGCACUGAUUCUGGGUGCACUUCAGACGGUUCUUAUUUUUGUUUCACUUUGUUUUUUUUACACAUUUUCUUUCCACCGUCAGUAUAUUUUGUGAUUUAAAAAGUUGGACAGGGUGAUGACCAGAGAGGUUUGUUUUUGUCCCUUCGUCUGACCUGGUACGUCAGGUAGGCUCUUCAUAUUGGAAUAAAGUGUUAAGGUCACUGAAGAGCUAUGUCUCUAAAAGCACAAUAUGGCCUACAUUAUCCAAAUGCAAAAAAACCAUCUUACCUGUGCUGUGGUUUCUCAUGUUGAUGCUUACAGUUAGCUGUUUGGCUUUUUGCGUAAGAUCAUAAAAAAAACACUGAUUGUGAGUAUUAUAUUGGCAUGAUGCUGAUUUCUGCCCAGAACUUAUUACAUUCUGUCUUUACGAGCAAGAACACCACAUUAAACCUUAUUUCAAAUCUGGCAAUACAACAAAAACAUGUAUACCUCACAGAAUCUACACAACAUAGGUAUUUUAAAUCUACUUUUCAAUUUGAAGUACAGGUUUUCUUACAAGAGAAACUUGUUUUGUAUUGGUAAAAGGUUUUAACAUUUAAUGAGAUAUUUCCAAAUUAGAUUGAAAGAAAAGCUGAUAAUUAACAUUUCAAGCUGUUCAGUUAGUUAGGCCCCUGAGUUUUUCAUAGUCAUAGGAUAAGUGAAAUCGGCACGUAUAACCUUUUAUCUCUUUAAAAUAGUAGGAGGGACAGUGUGUAAGUCCCAUAACAGUGUCUGUCACCAUGCCACAAGGCUCUUAUGUAGAUCUGACACAGAAGAGACCAGCGCUCUCGCUUUAAAAUGGUUUCUAGUAUCUGAUUUGUCAUCGACCAGGUGAGAGUACAGCUUUUUAGGAAAGUUUAAUCUUCAGGAUUGUGUUAACUUAUCACCCAACUUUAUCACACUUGUAUUGAUUGUUGUCUGAUCUACUUAAGUGUCUGUGAGAUGCAGCUUGGGAAUGUCAAAGGAAGAGUCGUUGUGAUGCUACUGACCGCUAAAGGCUAAUUUGAGGUGGAUUUUGUAAUGUGAGAGGUUCCUACAAGUGUCGUGAAAGUCUUAAAAAAUGUUGGAUUGGACACAAAUAUUGAGAAAGAGAACAAUGGUCCUAAUGCAACCGAAAUAGCAUUUUUAAGUUUUUGACUGUCAUCGAUGAGUUGACUAUACAGAGUUGAAUGAUUGCCUUGAGAGAAACGUAUAUAGGAACCCUGAGUACUGUGUGGUGAUCUCUUCAUUUUCUUCUGGCCCUUUAAUUCUUCACAGUGACUGAAAGUGUUGAGCUAUGGGUUUAUAGAAAUACAAAAUAUCAUAGACCAACAGUAUGACUUCUGCAAACUUCUCUUUGCAGUGAAUUUGGUUCUUGUAUUUAAGUUCUAGGUGGCGGUUUGGCUCCAUGACGGAGGUUAAAGCCUCUUUCUCUUGGCCAUCGCCACCAAACAAGCAGCUCUCGUCUGAGCAGUUAAAUAUCACAUGAAUAUUGCAGCAAAAGAGGAAUAUGUGUGGAAAUACAGAUGUUGACGAUACUGUUCUAUUGUGUUCUAUGAAUUGGUGAACAGAUACAAAAAGAAGAUUGGUUCUCGCUCAAGACAAAAGGACAAAAUCGUCCGAAUCAUGACUGACAUGAUCACUCUGUAGGUGGUUAUAAUGUCAAAUGUGCCUCUUAUGUAUUUAUGUACAUGUGUGUAAAAAUAACAGGCUAUGCUCCGAUUUACUGUUUUGUUCACUGUCUUGCUUUUUCAUACUGCACCUCUUCUGCCGUGUUUGGUUUGUUUUCUAAGAAUGACAGACUGUUAAGCACUGUGUGUCUGUCCCACAAAUGACUUGGAUGUCCAGUUUGCAUGUCCUUAAUCAUCAGAUUGCGUGUAUUCUGUUAUUGUUUUUGUCGCCUAUCAUUAAACAAAUGUUGUUAGGAAC